UAUGCUACCUUCUAGAGAAAUCUGGAAAACGCUCGGGGUUUUGUAGUGACAAACCAUCCAAAAGAGCUCUGGCUGAAGGAACUGAAUAAUGGGCAGAAGUAGAAGCAGAACACCACCAAGGCGAGAGAGGCGACGUUCUCGCUCGUCUUCUCGGGAUCGCGAGCGCAGGCGAAGGGAGAGAGAAAGAGAACGCUCACGGUCUCGGGACAGAGAUAGACGAAGGUCUCGCUCCCGAUCCCCACAUAGAAGACGCUCCAGAUCUCCAAGACGACACAGGUCUUCCUCCCUUUCUCCUGUGCGGCAGAAGGACAGACGAGAUGAUGAAAAGAAAGACGUUAAGGAGAAGCCAGUAAAGAUGCACCAGAUAUCAGCUGAAGACAUGGAGGGUAAAACCGAGGAGGAGAUUGAAAUGAUGAAGAUCAUGGGAUUCGGCAACUUUGACACCACAAAGGGCAGGAAGACGGACGGCUCGGUCAAUGCCUAUGCAGUCAACGUUACUCAGAAGAGGAAAUACAGGCAGUACAUGAACAGGAAAGGUGGAUUCAACAGACCUCUGGAUUUCAUCGCUUGAUGAAGGCAAAAAAUAAAGAGAACUGUUUUUCGAGAUUUCCAACGUGCAUCGCUGCGGCUUUGUAUUUGGCUGUCGUUAAAUACCUCGUAGCCCUGCUUGAUCUUUUUUUUUUUUUUCUACUUGCUCCGUCAC